UAAAAUAAAUCCACACUUUCCCUUAAAACAUACCACACUUUUCCUCUUCUUCUUCUUCUUCUUCUUCAAAUGACAAAAUAUUAACAACUUUAAUCUUCUUCAUUUUUCUUCAAAAAAAAUUAUAAUUUGUGUUAUGGAGAAGGUUAAUUUUGUGAAAAAUGGUGUAUUAAGAUUACCACCAGGAUUUCGAUUUCGUCCUACUGAUGAAGAACUUGUGGUACAAUACUUGAAACGUAAAGUCUUCUCCUUCCCUUUGCCAGCAUCAAUUAUCCCUGAAGUUGAAGUUUACAAAUCUGAUCCUUGGGAUUUGCCAGGUGAUAUGGAGCAAGAAAAGUAUUUUUUUAGCACUAAGGAAGUGAAGUAUCCAAAUGGAAACAGGUCAAAUAGAGCAACAAAUUCAGGAUAUUGGAAGGCAACUGGAAUUGACAAGCAAAUCGUAUUAAGGGGCCAACAAGUAGGAUUGAAGAAAACACUUGUCUUCUAUAGAGGAAAAUCUCCUCAUGGUUGUAGGACCAAUUGGAUUAUGCACGAAUAUCGACUUUCCAAUCUCGAAUCUAACCACCACCCAAUCCAGGGAAAUUGGGUUAUCUGUAGAAUUUUCUUGAAAAAAAGAGGCAAUACUAAAAAUAAGGAGGAAAAUAUGACAACACAUGAUGAGAUUAUAAACAGAGAAGUUGGUAAAGACUCGCCCCUUGUUUCAGUCAAAAUGAGUCCUCGAUGUUCUGAGACAUUGGCUUCCGCCAACAGUGAAGUGAAGAAGAAGACAUCGAUGAUAUUUUACGAUUUUAUGGGGAAGGAUAAUUCGAAUGGAGUUGCAGCUUCAUCAUCAAGUAGUGGAAUCACUGAUUUGACAACUACUAAUGAAGAAUCUGAUGAUCAUGAAGAAAGUACAAGCAGUUUUAAUAGUUUUACUACUUUUAGAAGAAAAAAUUAAUUAAUUUAUCGUCUUUGAAUCGAUAUCAAUCGUCUUUUU